CCCAGUGCCCUGCGACGCGCCCACAGGUCGAAAGCUGCCCUGCGCCUGAAGUUCGAGGUGUGCAAGGAGCUGAGGGCCCACCUGGAGCUCCUGCCUGAGACAGGCUACAUCCAGGCACAGUCGUCCUACUCCGUGCAGCUCAAGUUCCUGCCUCGACACUCCCUCCCGGAGGAUGCGGGAAGGUAUUUCGACAAGGAGACGCGAGUCCUGGAAGCCCCGAUGACCAUAUGGGUGGCUGACCAGAACAAGCCAGUGGAAUUCACCGUGCACGCCAUUGUCACCACCUCGGACCUGGAGCUCAGUCCCUCGGAGGUGGAUUUUGGCUACUGCACCAUCUACGAGGCCAUCAGGACAGAAAUCAGCCUCCACAACCACUCGCUCCUGCCCCAGGAGUUUGGGUUUGUCAAGCUUCCCAAGGUACCUCCUGCGGCCAGGCCUGGGGCAAGAGGGGCGAGGCUGGGAAGCCCUGGGGACGGGAUGCAGCGGCCACUGCUCCAGGGUGCCCACGCGUGGGCGUGUGGCCCAACUUCCGUCUCUCAGCUGCACCCCUACGCCUGGAACUCCCCACCCUGCACACCAGCCCUGGGCGUGCAGCCCAACUUCUGCCUGUCAGCUGCACCCCUACCCUUGGUCCCAUGCACGUCCUGCCCUCCAGAUCCCGCUCUCUGCUCUUCCUUCUGGAACUUUCCCCUGCUGGGGCCACACAAGGUAGCUAGGACGAGGCCCAAGCCUGGGCACCCCUCACCUUUCCCUGGGCUGCCCUGCUACCAACACCACCGUCCUCACUCUCCCCCCGUCUCGCUCUCUCACACACACACACACACACACAUGCACAUGCUCACAAUCGCUCACGCACUCAUACACAUGUGCUCACACUCACACACUUGCUGACACUCAUUCACACUGCCACACUCACACACGAUCACACUAAUCUCUUAUGCUCAUUCACACUGACACUCGCUCACAAUCACACUCUCACACUCACACACGAUCACACUGAUCUCAUACUCAUUCACACUCACACUCAUU